UCGUCGUUCGUGAGUCCAAGAUGGCGACGCCAGCUGCGUCUGUCUUCCAGAGAGUCCGAACUGGGUCCAAUAUUUGCGCUCAGUACGACCAGCAAGGGAACGUGGUCCAGGUGGAGAGCCGCGAGGAUGAGGAGCAGAGUGUGAAGCUGGCGGAGAUCCUGGAGCUGCUGCUGGCGGCGGGAUACUUCAGAGCCCGGAUCAAAGGACUGUCCGCUUUUGAUAAGGUGGUGGGUGGUAUGACCUGGUGCAUCACCACGUGUAACUUUGACAUCGACGUAGAUCUUCUCUUCCAGGAAAACUCUACAAUCGGUCAGAAAAUAGCGCUGACAGAGAAGAUUGUUUCUGUCCUUCCAAAGAUGAAGUGUCCCCACCGUCUGGAGCCUCACCAGAUCCAAGGCCUAGAUUUUAUCCACAUCUUUCCUGUAAUUCAGUGGCUGGUGAAGCGAGCCAUCGAGACGAGGGAGGAGAUGGGCGAUUACGUAAGGUCCUACUCAAUUUCUCAGUUCCAGAAGAACCACAGUCUCCCAGAGGAUGAAGAGUUCCUCCAGAGGAAAGACAAGGCAGUGAAGGCGGUUUUAGACGUGUUGGAGGUGUACAAACCUCAGAGGAAGUACAGGAGGCAGAAGGAAGCCGGAGACCUGCUGGAUGAGGAGUCCAGGGUCCACUCCACCCUGCUGGAGUUUGGCAGACCGUGUCAUUUCCCGAUACGUUAUGGAUUCAGUAAGCAGUCCAAACAAGAGCAGGUGGAUGGGGACAAGACUCCGCUGGCGCCCCCUGGCAUGGCAGAAGUGCAACAGGAAGAAGACCUCCAGGCAGCUGAGGAGAUGCGAAUCAAAACCCUGAUGACCAACAUGGACGCGAUGGCAGAGGAGGAGGGGAAGCUGACCGCCAGCGCUGUUGGUCAGAUCGUUGGACUGCAGUCGGAUGAGAUCAAACAGAUUGCCUCCGAGUACGCCGAGAAGCAGUCCGAGCUGUCGUCAGAGGAGCGAUCAGAACGGUUUGGACCGCUGCAGCAGCACCGCCGGGCCGUCGCCUCGCUCAGCAAACAGAUCCAGGAGAAGAGCAGGCAGCUGGAGGAGCUGAAGGUCAAACAUGCAGAGGUGAAGGACGGCUGCGAUGAGGCCAAAAGGAAGCUCAGCGAGGCUGCAGCGCGUUCGGAGGAGCUGCAGAAGGAGUUUUCUUCUCUGGAGGAUGUGGAGGAGCAGGCCGACGACAGCAGCUUGCUGCAGAAGCUCAGGGCUCUGGUGACCAUGAACGAGAACCUGAAGCAGCAGGAGCAGGACUUCCGGACGCACUGUCGAGAGGAGAUGGCCCGUCUGCAGCUGGACAUCGAGGAGUUGAAGUCUGCAUCGGGACAGGACACGGAGGAGCAGCAGGAGAGGGGUCAGCUGAUCGACCGGCAGUACGACGCCGACAGAGAGAAGCUGCAGAAGAUCCGUUUGCUCAUGGCUCGGCGAAACCGCGAGAUCGCAAUCCUGCAGAGGAAGAUCGACGAGGUGCCGAGUCGGGCCGAACUGACCCAGUACCAGAAGAGGUUCAUCGAGCUCUACAGUCAAGUUUCCGCGACACACAAAGAGACCAAGCAGUUCUUCACUCUCUACAACACGCUGGAUGAUAAGAAGGUCUACUUGGAGAAGGAGGUGAAUCUGCUCAACUCCAUCCACGACAACUUCCAACAAGCCAUGUCGUCCACAGCAGCCAAGGAGCAGUUCCUGCGUCAGCUGGAGCAGAUCGUGGAGGGAAUCAAGCAGAGUCGCAUUAAGAUGGAGAGGAAAAAGCAGGAGAACAAAAUGAGGAGAGACCAGCUGAACGACGAGUACCUGGAGCUGCUGGACAAGCAGAGGCUCUACUUCAAAACUGUCAAAGACUUUAAAGAGGAGUGUCGCAGGAACGAGAUGCUGCUGUCCAAGCUGAGAGCAAAAGGAGCUUCCUAAGUGGUCCGUCCAGAUGGAAGUGACACAAGCUGCAUGUCCCCAUGUUCAGUUGUUAAUGAAUAAACGUACCCAUGAGCCAAA